CCCCUCCCCCCUCCCAACACACAAACCCCGAUCCGGUGAGAAGCGGAGCGGCAGCCGUGAAGGGGCGGGGAAGAAGGGAAGGGAAGGAGCGCCCGUGGAAACCGCAGCCGCUCCGGAGUCAGCCACCCCCGAAGGACUCGACGGAGGGGGACGCCGCCUGGCACCAGAUGAAAAUGUGAAGUGGAACUCCAAUCCCCAGGGCUCUGCCAGCAUUCUGGUUUCUCUGAGAAGCUGCACAUCCAGGAGAUAUUUGGUUCAGUUCCUGCUCUUCUCUGCCCAGCGUUUACUUGUUGUGGAGAAACGGCCAGAGAAUAAGAGUGACCCGGAGCUGGUGAUCAACAAGUGGGGCCCUGCAGAACAUACAGUAGGUGAUCAGUGCAACGUGUUUGAAAGCCAAAGAAACAACCUAUCCUAGUGAAGUGCUCACAAACAGAGAGCAAGCGAAAGAGAGCGCCCUGUGUUCUUCCCUCUAGUUUCUGCUAAACGGUCACAGACCAAUAGAGAGACGCUACGCACUGCUUGCUCUCAGCCAUUGGGCUUGAAGAUUUACAAUGGAAGAGAAUGUGUUCAGUGUGCAGCAGAUUCAGCCCAACGUCAUCUCGGUGAGGCUUUUCAAGCGCAAGGUUGGGGGUCUCGGGUUCCUCGUGAAGGAACGCAUCAACAAACCACCGGUGAUCAUCUCAGACUUGAUCCGAGGAGGGGCAGCGGAACAAAGUGGCCUUAUUCAGAGGGGGGACAUUAUCCUAGCAGUCAAUGGAAGGCCCUUGGUGGAUAUGAACUAUGGAAAUGCUCUGGAGGUCCUAAGGAGCGUCGCCUCGGAAACCUACGUCGUUCUCAUCUUGAGAGGCCCCGAAGGUUUCACCACUCAUUUAGAGACUACUUUCACCGGCGACGGGACACCAAAGACUGUCCGAGUCACCCGGCCCUUGUGUACGACCCCAACUUCGGUUGACUUGCCGUCCAGUCCGAGAAUCCCCACCACAGAUCAGCAGGAAGGGGUGGACCUCACGAUGGGCGGUUCUGUCAGUUCUCGAUGUGCCCGAGAAAAUGGGCAAGGGGACCAGACUUUGGUGCACGUCAACGGGGUGGUUUCUGGCACCGUUGCAGGGGACUCCCUGAAAGAUAACAGCGACGACAUUUCUGAGCGUUGCCUGAACGGUAGUGUUGAAAACAGUGAACUGUUGAAAGAGAUCAAGCCGGUCUUGGACCUUCUGAAUAACAGCAAGGAACUCAACGGAGAAACACAGUCCAAGAUGGACAAACAAGAUGCCGAGGUCCAGGUGGAUAGUCUCAGGGAAGAAGACCAAAAGUCUGUGAAGUCGCUGCCAGCUGGGAUGGAGAAUGAUCGAGUCGUCAAUGACCACUGGGGAAAGACGGAAACGUCUGCUGUUGUGAGCAACGCCUCCUCAGAAAACAACCAGCCACCCCCUUCAGGCCGGCAAUCGCCAACCAAGAGCCUGGUGAACGGGAGCCCUUCCAAGUGCCCACGCUUUGCUAAAGUCAAGAACUGGGAGACGGGCUCUGUGUUCAAUGAUACCUUGCAUCUCAAGAGUACCAUGGUGACGCCCUGUACCGAGGAUGUCUGCAUGGGUUCCGUCAUGUACCCUUCCCAACAAGUCCGGAGGCCGGAAGACGUCAGGACGAAGGAGCAGCUGCUCCCGCUAGCGAAAGAAUUCAUCGAUCAGUACUAUUCCUCUAUCAAGAGGUUUGGCUCCAAAGCUCACAUGGAGAGGCUGGAAGAAGUAACCAAGGAGAUUGAAGCGACGGACACUUACCAGCUGCGAGAUACGGAGCUGAUCUACGGAGCGAAGCAUGCCUGGCGCAAUGCCUCCCGCUGCGUGGGCAGGAUUCAGUGGUCCAAGUUGCAGGUGUUUGAUGCCCGGGACUGCACCACCGCCCACGGGAUGUUCAACUACAUUUGCAACCACAUAAAAUAUGCCACUAACAAAGGGAAUCUCAGGUCUGCCAUCACCAUAUUUCCCCAGAGGACUGACGACAAACACGACUUCCGAGUCUGGAAUUCUCAGCUCAUCCGAUAUGCCGGCUAUAAGCAGCCAGAUGGCACCAUCCUAGGAGACCCGGCCAGUGUUGAGCUGACAGAGAUCUGCCUCCAGCAAGGGUGGAAACCUCCCAGGGGCCGCUUUGACAUCCUGCCGCUCCUUCUCCAAGCCAAUGGCAAUGACCCUGAACUCUUCGAAAUCCCACCCGAGCUGGUGCUGGAAGUACCCAUUCGGCACCCCAAAUUCCCCUGGUUUAAGGACUUGAAGCUGCAGUGGUACGGCUUGCCGGCUGUUGCCAAUAUGCUACUAGAGGUCGGAGGCUUGGAGUUCUCCGGCUGCCCCUUUAGCGGCUGGUACAUGGGGACUGAGAUCGGAGUCCGUGAUUACUGCGAUAAUUCUCGCUACAACAUCCUGGAGGAAGUUGCCAAGAAGAUGAACUUGGACAUGCGGAAGACCUCUUCGCUGUGGAAGGACCAGGCCUUGGUGGAGAUCAACAUUGCUGUCUUGUACAGCUUCCAGAGUGACAAAGUGACCAUUGUGGACCAUCACUCCGCCACCGAAUCCUUCAUCAAGCAUAUGGAGAACGAAUACCGGUGCCGAGGAGGGUGCCCCGCUGACUGGGUCUGGAUUGUCCCCCCAAUGUCUGGCAGCAUCACCCCUGUGUUCCACCAGGAAAUGCUCAAUUACAGACUCACCCCUUCAUUUGAAUACCAGCCUGACCCUUGGAACACGCAUGUCUGGAAGGGCAUCAACGGCACUCCUACCAAGAAGAGAGCCAUCGGGUUUAAAAAGCUGGCUAAAGCGGUGAAGUUUUCUGCCAAGCUGAUGGGGCAGGCGAUGGCGAAGAGGGUGAAGGCCACCAUCCUGUAUGCCACAGAAACAGGGAAGUCCCAGGUCUAUGCAAAAACCCUGUGUGAAAUCUUCAAGCAUGCCUUUGAUGCCAAGGUGAUGUCAAUGGAUGAGUAUGACACCGUCCACCUGGAGCAUGAAACCUUAGUGCUAGUGGUCACCAGCACCUUUGGCAAUGGAGACCCACCUGAGAAUGGCGAGAAAUUUGGCUGUGCUCUGAUGGACAUGAGGAAUCCAAACUCCAACCUGGAAGAGAGGAAGAGCUACAAGGUGCGUUUCAAUAGCGUCUCCUCUUAUUCCGAUGUCCAGAAGUCCUCGAGUGAUGGACUGGAAUCCCAGGACAACUUUGAGAGCACUGGACCUCUGGCUAACGUCAGGUUCUCCGUCUUUGGCCUGGGGUCACGUGCCUACCCCCACUUCUGCGCCUUUGCCCGCGCUGUGGACACUCUCUUGGCGGAACUGGGAGGAGAACGCAUCCUGAGAAUGGGAGAAGGGGAUGAGCUGUGUGGGCAAGAGGAAUCCUUCAGGACGUGGGCCAAGAAGGUCUUCAAGGCAGCGUGUGAUGUGUUCUGCGUGGGCGACGACGUCAACAUCGAGAAGGCCAACAACUCCCUCAUCAGCAACGACCGGAGCUGGAAGAGGAGCAAGUUCCGCUUGACUUACGUAGCCGAGGCCCCUGAACUGACGCAAGGUUUAUACAGCGUCCAUAAAAAGCGAGUCUUUGCAGCCCGGUUUCUAACGCGUCAGAAUUUGCAAAGCCCCAAGUCCAGCCGCUCCACAAUCUUCCUGCGGCUUCACACUAAUGGGCAACAGGGGCUACAUUACUUCCCUGGAGAUCACCUGGGCGUGUUUCCAGGCAACCAUGAAGAGCUGGUCAGUGCCUUGAUCGAACGGCUUGAAGAUGCGCCUCCCACCAACCAGCUGGUGAAGGUGGAACUCUUGGAAGAAAGAAAUACGGCUUUAGGUGUCAUCAGCAACUGGACAGACGAGAACCGUAUUCCGCCCUGUACUAUCUUCCAGGCGUUCAAAUACUACCUGGACAUCACCACCCCUCCCACCCCUCUCCUGUUACAGCAGUUUGCCUUGCUGGCCACCAACGAGAAGGAGAAGAAACGCCUCCAGGUUCUCAGCAAAGGUCUGCAGGAGUUUGAGGAGUGGAAAUGGUCCAAGAACCCCACCCUAGUUGAAAUUCUGGAAGAAUUCCCAUCGGUGCAGAUGCCCUCGACCCUCCUCUUGACUCAGCUUCCGUUGCUUCAGCCUCGCUACUAUUCCAUUAGCUCCUCCCCUGACAUGUACCCUGAUGAGGUCCACCUCACCGUGGCUGUGGUCUCCUAUCGCACCAGAGAUGGGGAAGGACCAUUACAUCAUGGGGUCUGUUCCUCCUGGUUCAACCGGAUACAGACAGACGAAGUGGUGCCAUGUUUUGUCAGAGGAGCUCCUGGAUUCCACAUGCCAAAAGACCCACAGGUUCCCUGCAUCCUGAUUGGUCCUGGGACAGGAAUAGCUCCUUUCCGGAGCUUCUGGCAACAGCGGCUCUUUGAUGUGAAGCACCAAGGGCUGAAGCCUUCGCCCAUGACUCUGGUCUUUGGUUGCCGACAGUCCAAGAUAGACCACAUUUACAAAGAGGAGACCCUAUUGGCCAAAAGCAAAGGGGUCUUCAAGGAGCUCUACACAGCCUACUCUCGGGAGCCAGACAAACCAAAGAAAUAUGUGCAAGAUAUCCUCCAGGAACAGCUGGCAGGAUCCGUUUACAAGGCGCUGAAGGAGCAAGGUGGUCACAUCUAUGUUUGUGGAGACGUCACCAUGGCUGGUGAUGUUCUCAAGACCAUCCAGAGCAUUGCGAGGCACCAGGGCAAGUUGGCAGCAGAAGAGGCCAGUGCUUUCAUUAGCAAACUAAGGGAUGACAACCGCUACCAUGAAGAUAUAUUUGGAGUUACCUUGCGCACCUACGAAGUGACUAACCGCCUCCGAUCUGAGUCGAUUGCGCACAUUGAGGAGAGCAAGAAAGACACGGAUGAGGUUUUUUGUUCCUAACCACCACCGUGUUGCCCCUGAUGGGACGCCAAGCCAGUCCAGUCAGAGUAGUUCCUGCUGCUCCCAAGAGGGCUAGGUUCUGUACUGACCCGUCCACAUCCGUUCCUUUUCUCCAGGGACUUGACGGCCCACGACAAAUGCUCUUCUGUGUCUCCUCCUGUUGUUGUCUCCUGAAGGAUGUGUCGCAGACGGAGAGAAAAAACCGCGGAUGAAGAUGGCCGUCUUUCUUUUCCCCCUCCCUCUCUCACGUCCUGUGACAGUUUCUUUUUCUCUCCGUGUGCCCUCCUCUGAAGCUCCCCAAGGUUGAAGCUGCUGCAUGGUUUUUUGUAACCCAGGUAAGUGGCUCUUACUUAAUAAUAAACGUUCACAAAACGAAGAAAAAAAACUUGUCUUCUUCCUCCGUCCUCUCGUGGAUGAUUUGUGCCAUUGUUGCUGCUGGGAUGAAAUCGCCCACCUCCAUGCGAUCAGAUGCAAGGCUCUUCAAGUCUGGGCCAGGGCUUGGGUCUGAGGGUCGAGUUGGGUUUCUGUCCGGGAAGCAGUACAAAAAUACAGAGAGCUGCUCUUGUUUGCUAAAAUCUUGGCCCAGCAUGAUCUGCUUCAGCCAGUGGGCCAUGUUUUUCCUUCCCUGUUGUUUUUUUCUGGGUUGGGGGAGAGGUAGGGCGGGUUGAGCGGGAAGGUGGUGGCGGCUGCUCUACCAGCCUUGUUCUUGCACAGAGUCUUGGUCCUCUGGAGGGCUGGAUCAGUCUGUGACAAACAGGUAAUGGUUUCACCUAUGACAGCAUGCUGUGUUCUGUUUGCAUUGUUUUAACAUUCACCAUCACACCUGCCUUGUCCUCCUUUCCCAUUUAUCUCCUGAGAUCUCAGUCCUCAUCCAUGUAUCUUAACCAGGGCUGCAGCCAAGGCAUUUAGCACCCUGUCCGGAGCACUGAUUUUUCCCGUCGAAGAAUUGCGUGAAAAACAGGAUUUGUAAUUUAUUACCCAACUGCUUCUGUUUAAAGAACGAGAGCUGGUUUUUAGGAUCAGAAAAUAUCAGAUAUUUAUUUUUUUAAUCCACGGCAGCAGGUGUUACUCCAAAGCGGUGAGGCUAUCAGGUCCAUCCAUCGGCUCUGUGUAGCCACGAUCUAUCUCAAGGCGCAUUUUUCAAGUUUACUGUUUUACUAAGUGAUCGUGAAAUAAAUACACCCUUUUCCCCACCCCCUGGGCUGCUUUGAGUUUGCACAUGGCAGGGUGCUAUAAGGAGUAGCUCAUUUAAGGAAGUAAAAUCAAGCAAGUAAAAUCUUUUGGAAUGUGACAAAUGAUGCUCAUUCUUAUUAGACAGUCUUUUUUUCAGACACUGCCAAUUUUUAGGUUAGAAAUGCAAAGAUAUUUGGACAUAAAGACAAAGUUCAGGAUCUUCUUCUGCUGUGGGGAAGUUGAUGGUUUUCCAUUCAUGUCUUUGAAGCUCCGGCAAGCAAUAUGGCAACCUGACCUAGUCCAAAUGGGCUGUUUUUGGCACUGUCCUGAAUGCUAAAAUUGCGACUGCAGCACUAUUUGACUACUAGACUAGAAGGCUGUGCCCAGGCUUAAAGGACAUGGGUGGGGAAAUGACAUGUUGUCAGAAGAUCCUGCUGUGACUCAGGCCUUGUUCCCCCACCCCUCUCGUAGCUCCACAGAUGUCUUCACCUCCUCUUGCAAGGCAAAAAGUAACAGCUGAUGCCAAAGGGCUCCUAGUGCAGAACUUAAGGUCAAGGGAGCUGCAGAGAGAAUCGCCCCAUUCACUCCUGCUCAUAGUUUCCCAAGCUGCUUGUAACUCUCACUGUAACCCUAUGGAUACUUUCUUGGGCAUGCCCUUUUAGUAACAUGGGACUUGCUUAUUACUACAACAGUUUAAGAUUGCUCCCUCUCGUGUUUAAUCUCAGUCUUUUCUGGGUCACUUUGCGCCUCGCUUUUUAAAAAAUGAAAAUGUUUAACGUUUUAAGUAUACAUUGGUGGUGGUGGAGAAACUUGAUCUGUCAAAAUGGCAAAGAAGUGCUUGAGACUGGCACACUUGUCAGUUUGCCGUGUUCAGCGAAUGCUCAGAGGCAAGCUCGGUUUUGGCUCUGUAUAGGGUAUGAAACAGGCCCGGGUACCAGAGUUACCCAGUCUUUUCCCACUACGUUCAAAUCUAAGAAUAUCCUUAUUUUGACACACAGAAAUGGCAGCCCAAGAUACAGAUCUAUGGCUUGAAAGAGUUCCGGAAAUCUGGUCUUGGUCAUGCUUCACACCUGCUUUUUAGCGCCAUGUUUUUGGCUCAGUAUAUAGAAUAAUUUCUCCCUGACAACUCUGUGUCUGGUCUGUACCACUUCACACGUUGCACGUGGAGGCCUGCACAAUUCAAAUUCCCCUUCAGACGAAGACAUUCCCUUCACAAGUGGUUUUGUUUUUACUGAACUCAUUUGCCGUUCUUUAAUCCAUUUUCCAACCCUCAGUUCUCACUUUUAAAUGAAAGCUGCUGCCUUCUCCAAGUUAAGGACAGGCAUGAGGCAUCACGUGCACAAGAUAACAGAGCUUGGACUUUUGAAAGCUUAUACCCCGAAAAUCUGCUGUAUCCACAUAUAGUUGUUCUAUGGCAGACCAACAUGGCUGCCCUCUGAAAUUAUAUGCAUAAGACAGUGUACUGGAAUUGUUGUAUAAAGGCUGGUUCAAGGAAAUCAGGAGAAGCGGUUGGAGAGGAUCUUCAGGUAGCCUGGAAGUUUCCCUGAGUUAGGCCUGGUCUAUACAAGCAGUGAAAUAAAGAGACAGUCUUGAGAUGAUAAAAUAGCCACUACCACUUCAGACUCCCCCUCGCCCCCAGGAGCCUUCUGUGGUGACUCUCCUGUGGUCACCAUUUUGGAAUGUUCCUCCGUCAGAAGUCUUCCCCCCAGCAAGAGGGACAGAGAUUCUGGCUCAUCUCCCAUUGCUGGUGUUCCAGUUUUCUAUUGUGAUGUACAUCAUAUGUCAAUUGGUCAGGAUCUUAGCAUCUUAGGAGCAAGAGAAGAGCCUUACUCGAUCUGAGCUGUGGUUCAUCUAGUUUGGGGAUCUGCAACACGGUGCCCACUAAGUGCUUUUAACAAAAGUGGUCGAAGGGCAGGUCGGGCAAAGCUUUUGACUGCCGAAUGGAGAGUUGAUUGGCUAUGCAGAUUUUUAAACAGUUAUUUGACUGCAGCUGCUCCUGUACCACAAGGAUCUUCACUGUGUGACUGAGGUAUAGCAGUCAUUCUGCGGCAGCCAUUUUGUGGCUCACACACCACCCUGUCUUUGAAUUCCAAAGGUGGCCACAGGCUGAAAAAGGUUGGGGACCCCUAAUGUAGUUUAUGAUCCUUUUCCCCACAUGGACCAAUCAGUCGUUCAUAUGCAAGAUCCUUAGGCUAACUCCACCUCCUGUUGUUACUCCCUAGCACUCGAUAUUCCAGAAUUGCCUAAUUUGCUCGUUGCUCUUUAAAAACCAUCUUCACUUCACUUCAGCUGACUUUUUAAAAAGAAGCCGCUUGAUAUUUCCUUUCAGCAAAGUAUAGAAUGGAGACAUCAACACUGUUGAAAAAAAAUAUGAGAUUU